AUGCUAUCUCCAGAAGUGCUCAACCACGUCGAGCCCGUGGUGGCGUCGCUCAAGCGGCAGCAGAUCCAGGGCGGCCGGGCGACGGCGCUCGCGGUGGCCCAGAUGCUCAUGAAGGUGAUCUCGACGGUGCGGUGGACCUACCCCAGCGAACUCAUCGCGGUGAUCAGAGAGGUCGGCGUCGUGUUUGAACGGGCCCAGCCGCGGGACUUGAUCCCGGGGAAUAUCGUGCGGCGAGUGUUGGCCAUCAUCCGCGAGGAAACCGAUUCCGAUGCCCACGAUAAGGACCCGAUGGUGCUGCUGAUGUUCUCGUUGUUGAGUACCCACAAAACCGGCACUCACGAGGCGAUGCUGAAGAGUAAGGCCUCCGAUUUGCGUCAGGUGAUCAUCCAGGGGAUCAGAGAGCUUAUUGAUAACGAAAUCACCAACGUCUACGCCCUGAUCGAGCCGAUGCUGACGGAAAUGAUCCACGACAACGAGACGCUUUUGGUACCGACACCGACGCUGGAAAUCAUCCUCAAGUUCCUCAUCAAGGCCCGCCUGAAGCGGAAGUUCACCGUGCUCGUCCCGGAAAACUACCCCAACCACACCCAGGCCGCCCACGCCUUCGUCAAGCAGUUGGGGGCCCACGACAUCGACACCGUGCUUAUCGCCGACACCACCAUCUACGCGGUGAUGCUGCGGGUGGGUAAAGUGAUUAUCGGGGCGCUGGGGGUGUGUGCCAACGGCGGGUGCUUGCUGAACGCCGGCGUCGGCUACAUCGUCGAGUGUGCCAAGGAGUUCAAGACCCCCGUGUGCGCGGUGGCAGGGCUGUACAAGUUGUCGCCGGUGUACCCGUAUAACCUGAUGGACUUGAUUGAAAUGGGUAACGCCGGUAAGGUGUUGCUGUACUCCGAGUCGCAAUUGGUCGAUAGCGUCGCUGCUGUGGGCAACCCGUUGACCGACUACGUGCCUCCGGAUAACAUCGAUAUCUACAUCACCAACUUGGGCGGGUUUGCCCCGUCGUUCAUCUACCGUAUCGUCCUCGACAACUACCGCCCCGACGAUAACGACUUGAAGGCCUCGGCUUAA